UAAAAGAUCAAUGGCAAAAUGAAGGAAGAAGAGAGACAUGGUUCAUCAUCCGAUUCUUCUUCUUCGUCUUCUCUUCCUGUGAGCUACGGAGUUGACUACGAAAAAUACAACUUCUCUUCUUCUGUUUCUUCUCUUUCUCGACCGUUUUCUCCGGAAGGAUCAAGCAGCAAGAGCUGUGUUCUGGAAAAUAAUCUUUCCUCUGUUUUCUCGUUGGACCAUGACGACAGUCUCCCCAUCUUAUCUAGAGAUAGAACAUGUUCUUGUGUCCAUCUUGGCUUCCAGUGGAUUCUGCAGAGGUGUUGUGGCUGUUUCUGUUAG